AUGAACUUCAUCAAGUGGCGCUGGUGGAGUCAGAGGAAUGAAGAUUUGUACCGGGUUCUGCUUGUAUUGUUUCUUGGUCAAGUGGUUUCUUUCGCAAUGGCGUUAGCUCACUUCACAUCUUCCUUAAUCGCCAAUCUUGGUGCAAAUACGCCACUUACUCUAUCAUUCUUCUCUUACUCGGCUUUGGCCCUUGUGUAUGGUAGCAUUUUGGUGUACCGCCGACAGAAACUCCUGGUCCCUUGGUAUUGGUAUCUUCUCUUGGGUUUUGUUGAUGUCCAAGGAAAUUAUCUCGUUAACAAAGCUUACCAGUACACAACAAUAACUAGUGUGACAAUCCUGGAUUGCUGGACAAUUGCAUGGGUAGUCAUACUCACAUGGAUUUUCCUCGGCACUCGAUAUACCCCAUGGCAAUUUUGUGGUGCGGCUGUCUGCAUUCUGGGGCUUGGAAUGGUACUUCUAUCUGAUGCUCGGGUUGGUGGUGGAGGUGGUUCAAGGCCCUUUUUUGGAGAUUUGCUAGUAAUAGGAGGGACUGUAUGUUAUGCCCUGAGCAAUGUUGGCGAGGAGUUUUGUGUGAAGAAGAAAGAUCGUGUUGAAGUUAUAUCAAUGCUUGGCCUUUUCGCAAUGCUCGUGAGUGUUGGUCAGAUAGCUGUCACGGAACUUAAGAGUUUGGAAGCUGUCAAGUGGACUUCAGAAAUGAUAUUAGCAUUCUUUGGUUAUGCAGUGGCAAGCUUUACAUUCUAUUCUGUCGUUCCUUUUGUUAUGAAGAUGAGCGGAGCCACUCUCUUCAAUCUGUCUCUUCUCACAUCUGAUAUGUGGGCUGUUGUCAUCCGUAUUUUUUUCUACAAGCAGCAGGUUGACUGGUUAUACUAUCUAGCUUUUGCAUUAGUAGGUGUUGGCCUCACUAUAUACUCCAAGAGCGAUAAUAGCCCCAUGGGAGCUGUCGAGGAUGAAGACCCCGUCUCCCAUCUUGGAUUGCUGGAGGAUGAAGCAACAGAUUUCAGAGACAACGAGGCUGCACGGCCAUUAUGA